CUUUGCACGCCCCGCGCUCUGAUCUUCGCCCCGAGGCGGGGACUCCGGACUCCAGACUUUCUGCGCCACGGAGGGAGAUGGAGGGCUUCUCGGGACGCCGGGCUCUGGUGACGGGGGCGGGCAAAGGGAUCGGCCGGGCUGUGGCGGUGGCGCUGAGCCGUGCCGGGGCCCAGGUGGUCGCGCUGAGCCGGACCCAGGCGGAUCUCGACCACCUGCAAAAGGAGUGCCCUGACAUCCAGACGCUAUGCAUAGACUUAGGAGACUGGGAGGCCACAGAGGCAGCACUGAGCACAGUGGGGGAUAUUGACCUGUUGGUGAAUAAUGCUGCUGUAGCACUGCUGCAACCAUUCCUACAGGUGACCAAGGAGGCCUUUGACAGGUCUUUCAAUGUCAACCUUCGGGCCGCACUGCACGUCUCCCAGAUUGUUGCUCGGAAACUAAUUGCCAGGGGAGCGCCGGGUGCAAUUGUGAAUGUCUCAAGCCAGGCAUCUCAUCGGGCUCUGACCGAUCAUACGGUUUACUGUUCCACCAAGAGUGCCUUGGAUAUGCUGACAAAGACAAUGGCUCUGGAGCUGGGUCCCCACAAGAUUCGGGUGAACAGUGUGAACCCCACGGUGGUCAUGACGGACAUGGGCCGCCUCAACUGGACUGAUCCCCAGAAAGCUGGACCUAUGAUUAGCCGCAUCCCAUUGGGGAAGUUUGCAGAGGUGGACGAUGUGGUGAACAGCAUCCUCUUCCUGCUGAGCAACCAAAGCAACAUGACGACAGGUGCCAUGCUGCCAGUUGACGGGGGAUUCCUUGCCUGCUAAAAUACAGCGUUUGCUUCCGUCUUCCCUGUGUGAUUUUUUUCCCCUACUGAGUCAUCCGGAACAGACUGAGACAUGGAAUGAAAUUCUGUGGAACAUGGAUGGGGAACUUGCCGCAACUCUAGAUCUUCAUGGGCCCCAGCUCCCAUCAGCCUGGCCAAUAACCAGGGAUGACGGAAGUUGUGGCCACCGAGAGAGAGACCAAGUGGGAGGUCCCAUUAGUGGAUGCAUGCAGAAAGUG